AUGAUUCCGAUUCCAUCUUUCUUGUUGUUCCCUGGUCUCAUUGUCGGGUUUUCCAUAUUAUUUAAAAGAACUAUUAACAAAUCUGAAUCCACUUGCUCAGAUAAAAGUCGACCCACAAAUGGAGAUUUUUAUAAAAACACAGAUGAUAAAAAUAUAAAUGAAAGUUCAAACCGAUUCGCAUCUGAUCAAUUUAAUACAAUUACCGCACUGAAAAUAAAUUCUAAUUAUAAAAUAAGAACAGUUAAUACCUUAUCUCAAUCUCUCGAUUUUGAAGUUAUCAAAAUAAUAGAAAGUUCACUCUCUAUUCAUUAUAUCGAAAUUGAAUAUUCCAACUAUUUAUAUUCUAUACAAACAACAUCGACCCUCAAUUCUGAAGAUUAUAAAACUCCAAUUAGGAAUCAUGUAUUAAAACAAAAUUAUUCUUCGGCUAUAGAAAAUAUCGAUUCAUAUUUCUUACGAACUACAAAUAUGAAUGACACAUUUGGUUUAUUUUAUAGAACCACUUCUAGAAUGAUUGAUUUCAUGAAAGAUUACGAAUCGGAACUUGAAGAUGUUUGUCAUUCAGAAGAAGAAAUUCAAAAUUCAAAAAAAAAUAUUAAAUCUAUGUUUGAAAAUAUUUAUGAAGAUAUUCGUCAUUUAGAAAAAAAUAUCAAAUCUCUAAGUGAAGAUUGUCGUCAAUUAGAAAAUUAUUUGUCUGACAAAAACACAAAAUUAUAUGUCGACAUUCGUGAUUUUCUAAAAGAAUUAAAAAAUUUGAUAAUUUUUAUUUACUUGGAGAUGUUCAUUGUAUUGGUGGUGUUCGUGCUUAAAUUAUUAAAACAACUUUUUAUUUUAGUCCUCAAAAUUAAUGACUAA